GUUCCGGCGGCUCUUAGUGCUCGGAUUUCUGGAGACGCCCUCUGCACGUGGAGAGGCGCGGGGACUCCGCGACCUCACCCUGCAGCGUCCGCAUGUUUGAGGAGCCGGAGUGGGCCGAGGAGGCCCCAAUAGCUGCGUGCCUCCGGCCUGUAGCGUCACGGCCUCGGCCAGCGGCAGCCUCGCAAAUCAGGGGCUCCAAGCGCCGCCAGCUCUUGGCCACACUGCGGGCCCUGGAGGCAGCAUCUCUUUCCCAGCAACCUGCCAGCCUGCCUGGCAGUGACUCUGAGGAGGAGGUAGUGGAAAGGAAGAAAAAACGCCCCAAAAAGGCUUCAUUUAGUGUUUUUACUGAAGUAGAGGAGAAAAGGAAGAAGCAGCAUCAAAAACAGCGACUACCUGGCAGUGACUCUGAGGAAAAGGAAGUAGAAAAAAAGAAGUGUCAUAAAGGGGCUGUUCAUGGCAGUGACUCUGCUGCAGAAGAGAGAAGAAAGGGGAGAUGCCAGAAACAGGCCCCUUCAAACCCAGCUCAGCACCUGGACAGUGUUGACCAAACAGGUCUCAAAGCUUGGAAGAGUAAUGCUACAGAUCACCCACCCAAGCCGAGCUCUGGGACCACUUCUCCCCAGCCCCCCCAUACCUUGAGUCGCAAGCAGUGGCGGAACCGACAGAAGAACAAGCGUAGACACAAGAACAAAUUUCGGCCACUUCAGCCAGCAGACUUGGCUCUAGCCACAGCCCCCACAGAGGAGACAGAGGUGCCUCCUGCUCCCAUUCAAGACAGCCAAGAGACUCGGGCAGGAGCUUUGCGAGCCCGCAUGGCAGAGCGGCUGGAUGGUGCUCGAUUUCGCUACCUCAAUGAACAGCUGUACUCAGGGCCCAGCAGUGCUGCACAACGCCUCUUCCAGGAAGACCCUGAGGCCUUUCUCCUUUACCACCGUGGCUUCCAGAGCCAGGUCAAGAAGUGGCCACUACAGCCAGUGGACCGCAUCGCCAGGGAUCUUCGCCAUCGGCCUGCAUCCCUGGUGGUAGCUGACUUUGGCUGUGGGGACUGUCGCCUGGCUUCAAGUAUCCGGAACCCUGUGCACUGCUUUGACUUGGCUUCUCUGGACCCCAGGGUCACGGUGUGUGACAUGGCCCAGGUGCCUCUGGAGGAUGAGUCUGUAGAUGUGGCUGUAUUCUGCCUUUCAUUGAUGGGAACCAACAUCAGGGACUUCCUAGAGGAGGCAAAUCGAGUGCUGAAGACAGGUGGUCUCCUAAAAGUGGCUGAAGUUAGCAGCCGCUUUGAAGAUGUCCGGACCUUUCUGGGAGCUGUGACCAAACUGGGCUUCAAGGUCAUCUCCAAGGACCUGACCAACAGCCACUUCUUCUUGUUUGAUUUUGAAAAGACUGGGCCCCCUCUGGUGGGGCCCAAGGCUCAACUCUCAGGUCUGAGGCUUCAGCCGUGUCUCUAUAAGCGCAGGUGAUCUCUGGACAACUUGAAAGGGGAGUCAAGUCUUGAACUCCAGUUCAAAACUCUGAAGAUCGUAACCAGCCAGGCUGUGCCCCAGGACCUGAUGCCACCCUUCCUCCGUCCCAAGAACAAAGUGUGAUGAAACCCCUGGCUCAGCCCUUCUCUAGUGAAGGAUUCUUGGUUGCGAGAAGCAUAAAAUCACUCAGACUGGCUAAAGAUAAUAAGGAGUUCCUUGUGAGAACACAGGGCUAUCUGGGAAUUAUGGAUCCCCUAGGUAUGGAAACCAGAUGGUUUGGAAUUCAAGGCAUCUCUGGGUUUGAUUCCUUUUUCCCAUCUCUCAGGAGCGACGUGUGCUUUCUCUCCUGGCAUCUCCAUUCUCUUCUCUUCUGACCUGUUUGCAGACCAGCUCCCUCUGCUUACUCAUAUGUAUACUCCUUCAGCUUUGGUCUGCUCAGGUUGUCGAGGCCUCAGACAGGCAGGCAUUGCUUCCUGGGUCUGGGACAACUGGUGACCCACUAACAUGCUGGCUCAACGCACCAGUCACGGCUUCUGGGUCAGGACUGUGUUUGUCUCUGUAUUAAGCACUUCUUUCCCCUCUGUCCUCAUCACCAUCUUUGGAGUCACAUGGUCCAGACAACUCCCAGCAGUUAUUGUUCUGUGUAGUGUUGAUCUGUGUCUGGCUGAGAGCACAGAUUUUAGAAUCAGGUGGGUUUGAGUUCAAAUCCUGGCCCUGCCACUUAAUGCUGAGAAUCAUUUAAUCUUUGAAUGUCACAUUCUUCAUUUGGAAAAUGGUAGGAUUUCUGUCUUGUGGGAUUGUUAUGUGGGCCAGCUGAGGAAAUUGAUAGCCAGGGCCAGGUACUGAGGAGGUGCUCAAUAGACUGUUGCUGUGGCUGUUAUGUCUUGUAAGUUUUAUUCUCUAAGGACCUUCUCAAGGCUGUGUUGGAGGUUGAAGGAUAAAGAAUAGAUUUGUUGACUGAGGAAGACUCAGCUUAAUAUAGGCCUUUGAUCAGGUUUAUUUAAUAGGAGAUUUAGAGAUUCUUGGUAGAGUCUGAACUGUCUUUGGAUGGGGUUGGUGAGGGAAUUGGGUCUAUUCAUAAAUAACCAUCAGUUAAUGCUUGGGCUGGUUAUUGGCAAAAGGGUCUGUCAUUUCUGCCUAGCAGUGGGCCCAGAUCAGCAUGUUUUAGGAAAGCUGUACGAAAGGAAGGCUAGCUCUGGGAGAAGAUGAACUGGGUUGAUAGAUCUUUGGCUGUUCUAAACAGAAUCUACCAUGAUUCCAGGCAAAAAGAUACAACCUUUUCUACCUAUUUCCAAGAAAAGAACUCAGCACGACCACUGCGACACAGGUUUCAAGGUUCUGAGCUGGUUGGAUGCCUCCGGAAGGGGAUGGAGGUUCUGAGGCAGGCUGUUAGCCAGAGGGCAUGUGUACUCUUCUCUCUGCUGAAUACUCAACUGACUGGCAGCCUUACUUAUGAUUCCAAACAGACUAGUUGUUUCCUAUUCCAUCAGGCCCAAAGCAGAAUGACUAUCGUCAUCUGCACUCUCAAAGCACUCCCUAAAGUGUGCAACUUCAGCAUUUAAAUGCUGCAUUGUGAUUGUUGUGUGCAUUAAGGUGCAGUCUUAAGUCGUUUUGAUCUUUGUAGUCCCAGAGCUUAUUACUUGAGUUUACCUAAGCAGAUGAUAAGGAAUGACAGUCCAAUGGAGUGGGAUUGAUGGGAGCAGGAGUGUUGUAAGAACCCCAGUUUGGAACACAUGAGAAAGCCACUAUGGACUCAUGACAAUGAAAGAAGUAGGCAUAUGGGAGAAUCAGUAGGUAGGACUGGUAGAUGUUGAGGACUGGUGAGAGAAAGGAAUCUGAAGUGAGUCCGGUUUCUGGCUUGAGCAACUGGGUGAACAGAUUUUUUAAUAUGGAAGGAAUGGGAGGAUUGUCAGCUGUCAGAUGUUGUUGGGAAAUCUGAUUGUGGAGGGGUAAAGAUUGCUGAAUAAUCUUGAUGGCCUUUUUGAAUAUAUAUUGGUAUUAUUCAUGAGUUUAUAGGUAUACCAAUCAGCCUAGUGGUAUGGCUGUCUGCCUACUCAGGGAUCUGUGUGUAGCUUGAGAAACUGAGCACUAAGGAAUCAUCCCAAGUUGAAAACUUGACUUGCAAAAGAAAUGAAAGCAAACAAAAGAGUUUCAAACCAUUUAUAACUAUGUGAGGUGGUUAUACUGGUAGUAAUUGAACAAUUGACCUGGGAAGAUGGGAGCUGUGGUCAGAAAUUGGAAUACUUGGAUUACAAAUAUUGGAAGCAAAGUAGCUGCAGGUGAUUGGCAAAGUCUAGAGUACAGCUACAGGGGUGAAUGCCUAAGAGGCAUUCAAGGGAGGUUGCCUAGAGACUGGUUAAUGGACUGAGAGCUCAGGUGUUUUGUGGGGUAUGGGCUGUUGUUUUCAUGGACUUUCCAGUUGUCCAGGAUGGUGGUAGAAAUUGGCAUGGAGCAGGUGCCAACCUCUUGAGGGAGAGCACAAAUCCAGGAGAUUUGCAGACAGAGAAGGAGAGACUGGUGGCAUGAAUUUCAAAAGUGCUAAGAGUUCACACAGUCUACUAAAGACUCCCAUUUGGUGGAUAAUGUGAGGCUGGUGAGCGAAGCUAGCUGCCAGGCAGCUAAGAUAAAAUACCCUGACAGUCCUCUCCAGCUUGUCAGGACUCACUGGGGAUCACUGGGGAGAGACUACUAAGGCUGCUCUGUGGGGGCAGGAACCUCUUGCAAUAAAUGGGGAGGCAAGCCGUAAUGCCCAGAGAAUGUUGGAGUAGCAGAGCAUCUCACUGUCGGACACAUCACCUUUUACAGUUCCAUAUCUGUGUUCUUUCCUAAAUGUUAUUUAUAGUCCUAGAUCUUAACUAAUUUUCUGGGGUUUUGUGGGUUUUUUUAAACAUUCUCAGCAGAAUAGCUGGCAUCUGUCCUCUUCCUUUUGUCCCCCCAUCCCCACCCCUUAUAGUUUGGAUUCUUCCUUGGCCUAUUCUAGCACCAGCCACAUGCAUAAAUAUCUCUCUGAGUCUGUCUCAGGCCCCAGGCUCACUCUAACUCAGCCAGGCACCCGCUGGUGGCUCCAUCAGUCACCCAGGUCCUGAGAGCAGCACUCUGCUGAGCUGGAUCUGGGUCCUCCCUGUCCCGUCAUCAGCUUCAGGACAAGCUUUUUUUCAAGUCCCUGCUUGGACUUCAAGUGUCUAAUGCUGAGAGUCUAGACUGUAGAAAGAACAGUAUAUAUUUCUUUGAGAAAUAACAGCAUGCAAACUAUUUAAAGAACAAUAAGGCCAGUUUAAGGAACAAGUUGAAAACAGAUUGAAGGAGUGGCAAGAAUAAUAAGAUGCGGCCAUUUGGGAAAGGCUGCUCCACUGUGAAAGGCAGUGGUUCUCAACGUUUGCAAUAGAAUUAUCUGGAAGGCUUGUUAUAAUGCAGAUUGCUAAGCCCGCCUCCAGUUUCUGAUUCAGAAGAUCAGGAUAGGGUUUGAAAAGUUUUUUUCUGGUUGCUUUGAUUUUCUCAAUAAAGCAGGAAGUAGAUUUUGAGUUGAGAGUGAGAACGAGGGAAAGGAGUUGGAGUUUGAAGGAGAGGAGAACAUGAGUAUUGUUUCUAAGAGUGAGAAUGAGUGAAUUAGGAAAGUACAGUAAAUAUGAUUGCUAGUAAUAGUAAUAGCACACUUAAGGUUUAAUGUCAGAGGCUCGGAUUGGAGACUGGUAUAAGAUUGCUUUCUGGAGAGCUUGGUACUGUGAGACAGAGGACAGCUGGACUGUCAGAACCUACUCACUUCUUGAGGGGUGGACUGGUUUCUGACUUUUUACCUUAAGUCUAACUGGGGACUCCACUGGGACCUUUUGGACACUGGAAGUAUUGAAUUCCAUAGCCAAGGAAUGAUAAGCCUGGAGUCUGACUCCUGCUCUGGAAAUGUAGAACGCAAGCAGAAGUUCACCGACUGUUUUGAUGGUGGAGCCAGAUAAAUGCUGCUGCUUAUGCAUUGGCCUGCAUUUCCAGAAUUUGCCAUGGCACCUGAUGUAUGAGUAUAUUCUACAUGCCUUGCCAGGAGAGAAAGAAGCAUGGGUGGUCUUAGGUCCUGUCCAGUGGAACCAUUUGAAGAGGCAAGGAGACCUCAACACAAAGAAACUAGGAGUGUGCCAUGGGGACUGAAGAGGAAGUUGCGCUAGACUCCCAGAUUUUAACAGGGGUGUCCAACCUUUUGGCGUCUCUGCGUCACACUGGAAGAAGUGCUGACUUGGGCCACACAUGAAAAACAUUGCGACACGUAAUCACAAAAAAAUCUCAUAAUGUUUUAAGUAAAUUUAUGAUUUUGUAUUGGGCUGCGUUCACUGCCAUCCUGGGCUGCAUGUGGUCUGUGGGCCACAGGUUGGGCACCCCGAUUAGUUUCAUCCGUCAAGGUCAGGGGGACAACAGGAAUGCCCACUUUAAAGAUCUGCCUGGCCCAUAAGGUUCAGAACCACCCAGUUAAGCAAGAACUGUUUUAUUCCCUGAUUUCUCUGCACUUUGGGCCAGAGCAGCCAGCAACUAUUAGUUGGAGGGGAGGGGAGAAGAGCAGAGAGCAUACAGAUUAUUCCUCCCUUCCUCACUGCAGGCUCUUGGAGGGAGUAGAGCAGAGCUGGGAAGGAAAAACGGUAAAAGCUACAACAGGUGCAGAUUAUUGUUACAUAGGAUUAAACAUUCUAAUCACUUGAGAUUGUAUCUUAAAAUGAGCAUGAGACUAUGAACUAAGAAUGAGCUGAAAAGUCACAGGCUUGUUGCAGCUUUUUUCCAUAGCAGGGGAAGAGUACCCCGAAAUUAAAAAAGUUUGGAGUGGUGGUGAGAGACAAGAAUGAAGUUGGAUUUGGAUAGCAAUCUGUGCCUCAUGCUUCUUAGCAUACCCUUUAGAGACUUACUGUUUCUGCUGUUACUAGUGAGCUCCAGCUUUUGUUCCUGUAACACAGUCCUAAAGGAAUACAAGUCCAAAAGAAAGAACACGAUCUUGGCAGAGACACAGCUCAGCUCCAAACACUCAACCAUUUCUGUAGUUGCACAAAGCCCUUUAUAACUUUUUAGAGACCUGUAAUUAGAGCUUUUAAUCCCCAGGUUGUCCUCCUUCCCAGGUGACUUAGACUGGUCACCUGGUUCUAGGAUAUUGGACAAUUGCAAUAACUGCCUUAUUGGUCUAAUCGCAACCACUCCUGCCCCACAAAGUAAUUCUUUUUGCACACAGCCAAGUGAUCUUUUUAAAAUGUAAAUCAGGUUUGUCACUUCUCUGCUUAAAAUUCUUCAAUGGAUUCUCAUUGCUCUGAAAACAAGAGACAACCUCUUUCCCAGGCCCUGUGUGAUCUAGCCCAGGCCUCCCUCUCCAACUGCAUCUUAACCCACUUCUUCCUCGGAAAACUCCAGCCACAGAGGGGUUUUUAAAAUUUCUCCAGCUUUCUAAGCCAUUUCUACUUAGGGAUUUUAUAAUGCUGCUUCAUUUUCCUCGAGUACUCUUUCCCUGAUGACCUCAUUUUCAUCAUCUAGAUCUUCACGCCAACACCACCUUCUGUGGUAGAAACUGGCUAGGUGUUCACCAAGAUGUCCUUUCCCAAAACAAUUAAACCCCAUUUCCCAAUGCCUUACAUCAAGGUGGGGCUAUGUAAGUAGUCCUAUCCAUGGAAAGGGAGUGGAAGUGAUGUUUCACUACCAGACCAAGGCCACUAAAGAACAGAUGAACCUUCUCCUUAUUCUCCCACCCCCCUCCUCCACCUCCUAGGAUGACCCUGAAGUACAUGUUUUGAAGGUGAUGGAGUAAAAACAGAAGUCUGGAUACCUGAGUCACUGCUUGGAAGGGAAGCUGCUUGACUAAAAACAUCCACGUUGAAGUUUGAGCAAGGAAUGAACCUCUAUUGCAGUAAGCUAGUAUGUUUGGGGAGAUUCAGGGCAGUUAGCAUUAUAUAUCCUGGUUAAUUAAUAUAUCUCCUCUGGGCAUCCUGUCCACCGUACCUUACUCUUGAUCACAAAAGGCUUUUUGUUUCAUUCUGGUGCUUCAAACAUUUAAUUAUCUUACCAGGUGGUGGUCAACACCACCUGUCCCGUGAAUUUUAAUCUUAGUCGGGGGUGAGGAGUGGGGCAGGACGCUUAUUACAUCAGGAAGGUGAGAUGCUUAUUUUACCAGUUACACUUUGAUUAUGACAAGAAAAAAAAUCCCACUAAUGAAUGAAAAUACCUGAUGGUAGGUGGCUGUGGGCAUUGAUUUGAGAAAUCAAGGAUUUCGCAGUUAGGUCUCUGUCAUUCUCUUGGUCUCCUGAUUCUCUUGUUCACAAGGUGGUGUGUUCUUGGCUAAGCGGGGACACCCAGUGUACUGUUUACUAUAUACCACCUGGGGGUCUCACUGGUGGCCACAGUCUUACGCUCUUCACGGGUCCUUCUACAUUGUUAAUACAGUGGUGUAAAUAUGUUUCAUUAUUCCCUAUAACAUAGCUGAGACCAAUCUAAACUAUCAGUAUUUCAAAUAUAUUUAAUUUUCUCCCCCACCCCUCCUCAUAUCUUAGCAGCCUGUCAGUAACUCAUUCAAUUUGGUAUAUGUUUAUAUAGAACUACAAAAAUCAACAGCAACAAAAUAGAAGUCAAUAGAAAAAAUGGGCAGGAGGUUGGAACUGGCACCUUAUAGAACAGGAUUUUUAAAUAGCCAGUGGAAACAUGAAAAGGUCAGUCCCAUUAGUAAUCAGAGAAAUGCAAAGUAACACCAAAUGCCACAUCAUUACACAUACACUGGAACUGGGGGGAAAUGCCACCAUAUAGCAAAAAUGUGGAAUAAAGUGAAUUCUCGUGUGGAUUACAUGAAAAUUCUCAUAUCCCUGGUGAGGGAGUAUAAACUGAAAAUUUUGGAAACAGACUGGCAUUAUCAACUAAAGUUAAGGGCAUACAUACUUCGUAAGCAGACAGUUCUACUUACUAGUUGUAUUUCCAACAGAAAUGUGUGCAGCUGCACAAGAGGCAUUUGCAAGAUUGUUCACGGGCACCAUUUGUAGGAACCACAGACUGAUCACUAGGCAGUUCACAAGCUAUUUGAACCCUCUCUCCUCCCCAAAACGCCCACUAUAGCACCAGCAACAGAUCUUCACAACAUAAACUGGAAACUUAUAUCCAUAAUAUUCAGGUUUCAACCAAAAUUACCAAACAGGAAGUGAUAAUCCUGUAAUUAUAAAAUUGUAAACAGUAAUUUUUACUUAGAGUAAAAGAAUAAUAACUGCAGUGACCUCAGGUGUUGGAUCUGGCUGUCAAAUAUUUUAAAGUAGCUGUUUUCUGAUGUGUUCAAAUAAUGAGGAAAAUGUAAGAAAUUUUAAAAAAAAUGGUUCAAGGGAUAUACAGAGGAGAAACUUUGCCAGGGACAUAGAAGCUAUAAAAAGGAAUCAUGAAAAUUCUAAAACUAAAAAGAAAUUCAAUGUAAAUUACUCAGCUUGAACAACAGAAAAAAGUCCGAGAGAAAUGGACAGGGCCUCAUGAACCUGUGGCACUACAAGACCUAAUGUGUCAUCAAAAUCUUAGAAGAUGAGAAAGAGGAUGGACUGAGAAAGUACCUGGUGAAAAACUAGCUGAAACAUUUCUAAACUGGGUAAGAGACAAAAACCUAUGGACUCAAGAAGCAGAGUGAACAACCCCUAAACCAGAUAAUCAUUAAAAGGUCCAUAUCAAAACAUUAAACUUACAAAAUUAAAGAGUGUAUUGAAAGCUAAAGAAAACUGCUGUACCUAAAUUGGGAAGAACAAUUUGAAAGAGAGCAGAGUUCUUUUCAUCAGAAACUAUGGAAGCUAUAGAAAAAUGGCACAUUAUUUUUCAGAUGUUUAAAUAAAACAACCCAGAAUCAUACCCAGUGAAAAUAUCCUGAAGGAAUGAAGGAGAAAAUGUAGACAUUCUCAGUUGAAGGAAAAGUAAAAUUUGUCACCAGCUGACCUACCCUAAAAAAAGGAGGGGGCUAGAAGAGUUUGUCUAAACAAAGGAAAUGAUGAAAUCUGAGAAUAUUGAGAAGUGUGAAAGACCACAGUAAAAGUAUGUGCAAAUACAACUAGCUUUCCUGAGUUGUGCUUGAUGUUUGAAGCAAAAAUCAACACUGUUGUGGUUUUAAAUGUAUGUAAAAGAACUAAGACAAUUCCACUAAAAAUGUAGAAGGAUAAAGGGGAUGUAAGUUUUCUUGACUUCACUUGAACUGGUGACAUAACACCUGUAGACUAUGUUAAGAUUAUAUAUGGACACAUAGAGCAACCACUAAGAAGCUAUACAAAGAUAUAAGCUCAAAAAUACUAUAGUUAACUCGAAAUUAUAAAAAGUAUUCAGUUAAUCCAUAGGAAGGCAGAAAAGAGAAAAUGACAAGAGGAAAAAAAAAUAAGAUGGCUGACUAUUCCCUAACAACAAUUACAAUAUAUGUUAAUGAUCUGGAUACAUCAAUUAACAGAAUUGGGCAGCAUAGUAAAAAGCAACCUAAUUAUUAUCUACAGGAAAUUCACUUAAAAUAUAAUAGUAUAGGCAAAUUGGAAGUAAGGAUGAAAAAGAUACAUAAUGCAAACACUGCUCAAAGGAAAACAGGAGUGCGUAAGUCAGAUAAAGUUGACUUCGGAGGAAAAGAUUUUGUCAGAGAAGGACAUUACAUAAUGAUAAGCAGGUCAGUGCAGUAUGAAGGAAUAACAAUGCUAGAGCAGGCUGCAAAACAUGAAAACUGAUAUAACUAAAAGGAGAAAUAGGCAAAUCCACAAUUGCAGUUGGAGACUUCAACACCCCUCUCAUUAAUUGGUAAAGCAACUAGACAGAAAAUUGGCAUUUAUAUAUAGGAGAACUAUUAGAAAUAGUUCUAAAAUUAAGAAUUAGGGAAAUCUUCAAACACUAAGAAGCUAAAUAAUAUACUUCCAAAUAAUCCAUGGGUCAAAGAAUUUACACGGGAAAUAAUACAUUGAAUAAUUAAAGUGAAAGCACAACAUCAAAUUUUGUGAUACAGCGAAAGCAAUGCUGACAGGUAUAUUUAUUGCUCUAAAUGCAUACAUUGAAAGAGAUAGUCUCAAAUCAAUAAGGUUCUCACCUCAAUCAUCUAGAAAAAUGUGGAGUAAGAUGAAUCCAAAGCAAGUAGGAAGAAGGCGAUUAGUAAAGGUAGGAGCAGAAAUCCAUGAAAUUGAAAACAAAAACAGUAGAACAAGCCAGUGAAACAACUGUUUCUUUGGCUUGAUGAAUAAAAGAUGAAUAAAAUUACAAACCUCUUGAAGGACUAACAGAAAAGACAAAUUAUCAGUAUCAGAAAUGAAACAACCAUCACUACAACCUGGGCAGACAUAAAUAUAUAAAGAUAAUACAAAUACUGCAACAACUCUACACAUAUUUGACAACUUAGUUGGAACAUUUCCUUAAAAAUAAAACCACAUGAAAUGUUACAACUCAUUUAAUAUGAAGUAAAUAAUUUAAAUAGCCCUGUAACUAUUAAGGAAAUUAAAUUCCAAGAAAUUUUUUAAAUUCCAAGAAAAAAAAAAAAAGCAAAAUAGAGACAGACUCAUAGAUAGCAGACUUACAGCUGUCAGAAGAAGGGUGGGGGGACUGGGUGGGGAGUGUGGAGGGAUGGAGCAAAAAAAAAAAAUUACUUGAACAAUAACAUUUCAAUAAAAAUAUGUCAAAAAAAGACUGAAGCAGAAUGGGGACAGGGACCUGCUCCGCCUUGCUGCUGCAACUCCCCUGACUGGAACAGUAUCUGGUAUAUAGCAUAUUUUUUGGCGUAUAAGAUGCACCCCCCCCAAUUUGGGAGGAAAAGGGGGGGUUUAUCUUAUAGUUUGAAUGUAGCUUACCUGGCUCACUGUGGGGGUUGGCAGUAGAGUGGGGAGUGGGGUCACAGGUUAUUAAAUACUGCAUGUUUUGCUUCAAAAAUUUUUUCCCUAUUUUUCUCCUCUAGAACCUAGGUGCUUCUUAUGGUCUGGUGUGUCUUAUAGUCCUAAAAAUAUAGCAGUAAAUGCUCAAUAAAUAUUAUCAAAUUAAAAAAAAAAAGAACCUUAACCUAGUCUCACACCUUAUACAAAAAUUAACACAAAAUGGAUCAUGAACUUUGAUGCAAAAUAAUAAAACUAUAAAACCUGUAGAAAAGAAACAAGAGAAUAUCUUUGGAAUCUUGGGUUAGGCAAAGAGGGUUAAACUUGACAUUGAAAACAUAAUCUGUAAAAGGAAAUAUGGAUAAACUAGACUUCAUCAAAAUUUUUUAAAAUGCUCUAUGAAAGACCCUGUUAAGAGGAAGCUAUAGACUGGGAGAAAAUAUUUGCCAACUACAUAGCUGACAAAGGACUAGUAUCUCAAUAGUAAAAAACCUGAUAACCUUAUAUCUACUAAAGAAAUUGAGUUUGUAAUGUAAAACCUCCUCCACAAAAACAAAAAACCCCAAGGCCCAGAGGGCCCUACUGGCAAAUUCCACCAACCAUUGAUGGAGGAAAGAACAUCAAUCCUACACACUCUUCAAGGAAGUAGAAAAGGACUGAACACUUCCCAACUCAUUUUGUUUGUGACUCUCUGAGACAGAAACCUGGGAGCAGAAUUGCUAGAACAUGCUGCAUUUAAUUAAAUUCACUAAGUGCUGGCAGAUUGCUCCCAGUACACGUGCCCAUCAACAGUGCGUGAGGCUUCUUGUUUUCCACUAUCUCCCCAACCUUGUAUAUGAUAGAGAUAACAAUGCUGUGGAGAGAAUGGCUAUUGGAGAGAAAUACCUGGUUUCAAAAACUGGCUCUACUAUUUUCUGACUCUGACCUUGUAUAAUUUACCUAAUCUGUAUCUCAGGUUCCUCACUUGUACAAUGGAAAAAUAUUAGUAGCUAUCUUAUAAACCUCAGGGCUUCCUAGGCAUUAAUGGGUGAAAAUGGUACUGUGUUAUACUUCAGACAUUUCCCCUAUUUAUCCUAUUUCUGAAUGAGGAUUUCAAAUUAGAAUAAAAAGCUACAGAAAUAAGUGAGUUUCAGGUGAGCUACAGACCAUUAGUAUUUUUGGUUUUGGGAUUAUUGGUGCAUGCAGUGUACAAAGUGGAUCACAAAUUUCCUUAUAAAUUAGGAUAUGCAAAUAAAAUUGAGCUCCUCUCAAUUAUUGAUCUGAUUUUCCUCACAAGUUCACUCCCAUCCUGCACUCCAUCAAAUAGUGGAAGAGACUAGAAAUAAAUUUAAUUCAGUCUUUUUA